AUGUCAGCAGCACAGGACACCGCUACCACAGGCAGCGCCGACUUCUCAGGAGCCACCAACACCACCGUCCCGGAGCAGAGCGCUGGACCUCCUGGCGACCAGACUCGUGGCGAUCCUCUCCCUCGUGGCUACGAGAUCAAAGGCCUGGCCAAGCCCGGCGACUACGACCAUGUCGACAUAUACGAGGGCAUCAACCUGAACGAGAAUCUCGAAGGCGCCUUCAACCGCGUCUAUCUGUACAUGCUUGAAAUGUGGGAGCAGGGCAAGGCCGCUGCUGCUGAGGAAGAGGCAACCCGUCUCUUGGGUUGGGGCAAGGUUCCUGUCUUGUAUCGCGCCUAUGCACACAUUGUAAGUCCUUCGAUCGUUCCCCUGGUCUCGCCGAUGCUGACAUUGCGACAGGUGCUUGCGUACGGCCCCAUGGACAACCUCUGGCAUGCCUGUGAGGCUGUCAAGGAGGCCGAAUGGGGCGUGAGAAACUUCGGCGAUCAGGCUGUUGGCCUCAAACUGCUCGCCAUGGCCAACGCCACCCUGUCCGACGUCAGAAAUUCCGCUGCCGCCGCCAUGAAUGAACCGAUGGAACAAGCAGCUGCAGAGGCCAGCGACAAGAUGGACGUUGAUAAGCCUGAUGUUCCUGCUGCUGGAACGGGUGACAAGGUCGCGACGGAGGUGAGCACAACAUUGCGUCUGUAUGUGCGGAUCAAGGUUUACUGA